GUCAGCUGUUGGUCAAAUGCCCAGAGUAUCUCAAGGUCCUGCCCUCUGAGGUAUGGCAGAGAAAAGAUUGCAGCUGACGCUACAGGGCUCGUCAAGCGUAUUGUCAGUGACCAGAUGCAAUGGGCCAUUGGAUCGAUGUUUCUCUCCGCAUCCAAUAUCACAAGCACACCGCAGAAUUCUGUUUCAAUCAGAAAGUUUCUGCAGCCAUAUUCUGCUUCUCUACCGUCCCACCUGAACAAAGGAAUCGAAGGCGCUGGUUCCGAGUCAGCGCAUAUUGCGAGCCGCACUGGAGCUAAAAUAGGAAUAGGCAACAGCCCAGAUGAUGGUGGUCCAGAAGCGGCAGGAGACCGAGUUGAAUCCUCGAAUCGGAAGAAGAGGAGAACAGAGGAGAGUGAAGGGAUCGGGGGGUGCCUUGAUGAUGAUGGAAGUGCAAAUGGUGAGAGCUGUGGGAGAGAUGUAACUGCAUCAGACGGCCACAUGGGAGGGGUUGCCGCCUCUGAAGGGAGGGCGGCCGAUUGUGCACGAUACGCAAGCUGGGCUGACAGGGUCCGUGAUGAAAGGGCCGGCAACGUGCACCACACCGGCAACUGGAUGAGCAGUGCAAACCACGCCGGCAACUCAAGCGAUGCCACCUGCACAAACCACGCGGGCAACUGGACCAGCAACGCAGACCACGUCGGCAACUGGACCAGCAAUCCGAACCAUGCUGGCAACUGGACCAGCAAUGCAAACCACACCGGCAACUCAAGUGACACCACUGGUGCAAACCACGCCGUCAACCGGACCAGUGACGUAAACCACGCUGGCAGCGGGACCCGCAAUGCAAACCAUGCCAGCAACUGGACCAGCAACGCAAACUACGUCGGGAACAGGACCAGCAACACGAACCACUCCAACAACUGGACCAGCAUUGCAGACCAGGCCGGAAAAGGGACCAGCAAAGGAAACCACGCUGGCAACUGGACGUGCAACACAAACCAGGCCGCAAACUGGACCAGCAACGUAAACCACGCCGGCAACCAGACCCAUGACGGUGUGGGGAACCCUGAUGCCGAGCGCGACGACGGCAGUGGAAAACGAGACAGGUGUGCCGCGAAAGCUGAUGGUGGCGAGAAGAGAUUCAGGCAGGAUGCUGAAUCUUUUGGACCGGAAUCCUGUCGACACAACAACCGCAAUGGUGGAGAUCGGUGUGCGGAGGCAGUGGGUGUUCGAGAAACUGUGCAAUCUGAUCGAUUGGUUGAAGUCCCUGAGAGAUCGCAAUUUGUUGGUCACGAAUGUCAUGCUUCAGCAUGGGCUGCAGAACUUGAGUGUCCUGAUCCAGAUGCGGUGCUGAGCAGGAAAGCAAUGGCUUGUGGACAUAAUGGCGGGAGGUAUGGAAGGGGGGGAAGAGGAGAGGGGAAUUGCACAUCAGCGGUAUUCGGAGCGCCGAAGAGAGUGGAGUUUGAUUCCAAGCGACGUGCCUCCAGGAAGACACCGACACCGAUAUUUAGUCAGCGCUUGGACAAAUACUUCAGCAGUACCAACUUGGCAGCACGGGUUGUGCCAGAGCUAGGGAGGGAGGGAACAGUUGAAGACGGGCCAGAGGUGAGAGAAAGGGGUAAUCAGGGGCAGGGUGGAGAAGAGCUACACAGGUGUCGGGAGUCAGCACCAUCGGGUGUUCGUCCAGUGCCAUGUCAGCAGACAGGCUGGACCGGUCCUGGAGCGUAUUUCAGCAUUGCACAAGGAGAGCAUAAGAGACUGGGUGGAGAAGAUCUACACCAGUCCUCCAACUCAGCACCGCCAGGUGUUCUCGCAGCACCAUGUCGGUCAACAGGUGUAACAGGUCUUGGAGAAUCUUCCAGGAAUGCUCUCCUCCUCCAGUCAGCAGGAGGAGAGCAUUGCACGUCUGUGUGCGGAGCAUUGGAGGAAAAGGUAACUUCUGACACCGACCAAGAAGGCCUUGUCAGGACUGGAGGCGAUGAUUUAUGGGAGUGCGAACGAAAACCGGAUAAAGAAGUGAUUACUGAAAGGAUAAGGUCAUCAGAUGAAUGCAUCCAGGAUGACGACAGCAAUAAGGACAAAGCGACGGCGUACCUGCCGACCUCCACCAUUUCUGCCGAUCGCCUGCUACAGAGAACCAUCAUCCUACCCCGACCGCCUACCCCGACCGAGGACCAUUUUGCUGCCGAUCGCCUGCUACAGAGAACCAGUGCAGUUAAAGCACCAGCUUCUGUCGAGUGUCAUCCGCGGACUUCGACCACAAUAAGGAAAAUGCAACAGCAUGAAGAUGAUGAGGAGAACGUGGGCCGUUCGAUUCAUUCCGAUGCCAAAUCUGUCGAGAACUCUCCUCCAGAUCAGAAAUUCUCACUGGGAGUGCGGACCGAAAGAAGAAGUGCAUCUUUGGAGUCGAGAGAACGAACCCAAGCUGAGAAUGUGGAGGUUGUUGAGGAUGCGACAAUUGUCGAAAGAACGAACGGGACCGGGGGUGGUGACGACGAGGACAUCUGUCAGUCGAUGAAGGAAGUAGGAGCAAGCGAUGGAAUGCUUCCACUUGUGUGUCUUUGGAGUCGAGCAAUGCGCAAUGAUACCUAUCAAGGAACUAUGCCCUCCUCGUCGGGAUCCUUGAUGGGUCUCGGCGGUGGUCCAUCUUUGCUCCCGAAACCCGUCAACAACAUCGAGGAACGACCAUCUGAGCUGACCCAUCAAGAAGAUACGAGCAAUGGAAGCACCGGCAGAAAGGCUUCUAGCAAGAAAAAAAGCACUUUAAUAGGACUCUGGGGAAAGGUUUUACCUUUGCAACAGUCACACAGCUCAAACGUCCAAAUAAAGAACAAGGCAGGUGCAUCUGACCUGUGCGUUACUCCUGAAGUACGUGCAGAAGGUGAUAGUGGCGUCGUUUCCACCAAGAUAGCAUGUGGAAUGGAUGACAGAGGUGAUGACAAUGUUUUGCGUGGUCCGCGUGAAGCAGGCGGUGAUGCCGACAUUGCUCGAAAGACGGGAUUGACGACGGGAGUCCCUUGCGAGUCUGAGGGAAGAAGCAGCGGAGCACAUUACGUUCGACGAGCAGGACACAUGUCGGCGGCAGACCAUAGGCCCAUCACAACAGGUCCAAUUACCAGUGCUGCACGACCUGCAGCUGCUGCUGUAGUUCCGUCUGCUGAAGCAAAUCCAGUCUCGGUUGAAGGUGUUCCACGUCCAGUUACAGAUGAUCAAAAAAGGGAUCCAGGUGCAGCUGCAACUGGACUUGUAAUAAGUCCAGGUGCAGCUGUAACUGGACCUGGAUCAUCUGUAACUGGACCUGCAAGAGAUCCUGGUACAGGUGCAGGAAGACCUCGAUCGUCCUUAUUUGGACCUGCACCAGCUGCAUCAAGGCAGUUUGUGGAGGUUCCGGUUCCAGGUGUCCCAGAUGGUUCAGAUCUGGUUCCAAGUACAUCUGAUACAGUAAUCCCGGUCCCAACUGCGGCACCUCUGCAUCCGGUUCCAGGUCCAGUUACAGAUGAUCGAGGUCUAGCUGAAGGAGAUCCAGGUGCGGCUGCAACUGGACCUAGAUCGUCUGUAACUGGACCUGCAAGAGAUCCUGGUACAGCUGCAGAAAGACCUGGAUCACCUGUAUUUGGACCUGGAGCAGCUGCAUCAUGGCAGUUUGCAGAGGUCCCAGUUCCAGGUGUCCCAGAUGGUCCAGAUCUGGUUCCCAGUGCAUUGGAUACAGUAGUCCCGGUCCCAACCUCGGCACCUCUGCAUCUGGUCCCAGGAGUUCCCAGAGUCCCAGAUAGCGUUCCGUUUGGCGACGCCACUUCAAACCGUUGCGCCGAAGGACGAGAACAUUCGAGAGCAGAGAUGACGGAAAACUCGAGAGCGCAGACAACCGAAAAUCCACGAGAACGGACGAGGAACGGAGGAUCGGCGGAAAUAUCAGGCAUGCAAUCCAGUGCCGCCAUGUGUCAGCCAGUGGUGUCCCCUCUGGACAGGAGGGUCAGACGAUUAGCUUCGACGGGUUCGGCAGCGGCAGCGGUAGGGCCGUCGUCGUCUGUAAUUGACGACAUGCAAGGGCCGGCAUGCGUGAUUCCUUCCAGCGACAGGACCGUUACCCGUGAAAACCAACAGACAGUGCUCCCCUACGAGCGCGGCAAGAUUGACAUGGGUGUGCUUUCGGAGUUGCCGAUCGACAUGCAACAUGAACUGUGCCGAACGCUUGGCCUUAGGUUGCCUAAGCUGAAUAGAAAUGCCGAUUCCGGAUUGAAUUUGCAUGGGAAGCCUUGCCAGGGGAAAGGUCGAUCCAAGUCCAAGGGGUCUGUGUUGGCAGCUAAUAAGAGACAGCGAACCCCUACAGCUGCUGCUGAGACGCAGACGACUUUACCAUUGCAGUGCCACGUCAGCAGUGACGUUCAACACAGUGCCACGUCAGCAGUGCCACGUCAGCAAUACCACGUCAGACGUAGUGCCACAUCAGCAGUGCCACGUAAGCAGCAUUGCCACGUCAGCAACAUGACGGGCCUGCCAGGCCAACUGGCCAAUGAGACCAUUAACGCCUACAAGCAGCGUUGCCUCGCUCAGAUAGAGGCUGAGGAACAACGCCUGCUGGCAGUCGAGGCUGCCYGCAUACAAGCUGAAGAGGCAGCAGCAGCAGAGAAACUGCGGCUACAGGCCGAUGCAGAAGCAGAUGCCCAGGCUCGCCGAAAGGACGCCCAGGAUCUGCUGCAGCGGCAUGAAGCCAACAGCAUCGACAGACUCAAGUACUGGCAUUUUCAACCGAACGGCGACGAGGCAACACCGGAAGAAAAGCACAAGGAGUUCCUCUCCAAACUCUUGACACGGUUGUUGUAUGCUUGCAACUACCAAAGGUCAAAGUUGGAGAGACAGCAUCAGGAAUUGGCGACGCUCCGCCGCACAGUGCAGAGCCACGAGGAUGCAACUCGGGCACUCAAUGCCCGAUUGUUGGACCUGGAACAGACAGUACCAGGACCAGCUGCGGGAGCUUCCAGCAGUGCACCCUCAAGCCGCCAACUGAAGGACCGCGUUGACCACGUAGUGGCAAUGCUCGGUGACAUCAGCACCUUCGCUGCGCCGACCACCACCAUCAGCAGUCAGCUGCACACAUUGAAGACCGAGGUCCAGAAGCUGCAGUCGACGAACGCGGACGACAAUCCAAAGAUGUACAAGAUGCCAACUUUCAACCUGGAGAGGUUCGACAACUACACGCAGCAGGAUCCUGUCCUCUGGUGGGAAGCAUUCACAACGCAACUCAGGAUUCUGCCAGUAGCCAAGCAUGCGUACAUCGGCGCCCUGUCCCUGAACUCAAAGGGCGGAUGCCAGACCUGGUUGAGCCACCUGGCAACCUCCCACGGCGUCGACGUACCAGACUUGAAGGACGUAAUCACAUGGGAGGAACUAACGCGACUGUGGAAGAAGCGGUUCAUCGUCCACGACGCGCCGACGCUCGCCAUCAACCGUUUGUUCACCAUGUCACAGGGCAACACAGCAACACGGGACUGGCUCACGGAGUGGCAGAAGACUGCGGCUGUGCCCAAUCUGAACCUACCAUUCGAGCAUCUACGCCGUGAGUUCUACAACAGGUCCUGUGCGGCAUUGAGCCAGGCUCUUGGUGAUCGCGAGCAGUACUCAACCUUCGCGGAGAUCAUUGACAAAGCGAGGGAGAUCAUCAAGACCAACAGGUCAGCUGCACACGAGAAAUCAACAUCAUGGUAGCCGACCUAUGUGGAGAAGGUACGAACUGGUCCGCGACAG